ACUGCCAUGGAGUGGCUGGUUACCAUGGCUGGGGCUCGCUGUGACGUCACGCUCCUCCCUGACCGACGCAGCCUUGGGGCCGCGCUGUCUUGCCCUGGGCACGGAAGUGACGUGGGUUGAGUUGACCUCCGCGGAUGUGCUUGCCAUGGACUUCCGGGUUAUAAUGGCGGCGCCCCUGGCCGUGGCCGGAAGAUGCCGCUUGUGGUGGUGUGCGGGCUGCCGGGCAGCGGGAAGAGCCGGCGAGCCGAGGAGCUGCGGGCGGCGCUGCGCGGGGAGGAGCGGCCGGUGCACGUGGUGGCGGAGGAGGCGGCGGGCGGCCGCGCGGCGCUGCGGGCCGAGGUGGAGCGGCGGCUGAGCCGGCGGGACGUGGUGAUCGUCGACGCGGGGAACGAGCUGAAGAGCUUCCGCUACGAGCUCUACUGCGUGACCAAGCAGGCGGGCACGCCGCACUGCCUGCUGCACUGCGUGGGGGGCGCUUCGCCCCCGCCCGCCGGCCCCUUCGAGACCCCGGACUCGCGGAACCGCUGGGACCGGCCCCUUUUCACCGUGCACGGGCAGGAGCCUCUGCCGCUGGCCGAGAUCUACGCCGCCCUCUUUGAGAGCAAGCCGCCCCCGCCCAACCAGUCCACCCGCUCGCAGCCCUUGCAGUCCGCGGGCUUCCUCCACCAGCUGGACCGGGUCACCCAGGAGGUUUUGGCUGCUGUGCUGGCGGCCCAGAGGAGCGGGCUACAGCCCGGAGAGCUGAUUCGCGUGGCUGGGGCCAGCGAGGGGCUGGGGCUGAGCCGGCCCGUGGGCAUGGCCGAGCUGAGUCGGCUCCGCAGGCAGUUCAUCAGCUACACCAAAAUGCACCCCAGUGACGAGAACCUGUCCCAGUUGGCCAACAUGUUCCUGCAGUACCUCAGCCGCAGCAUCCAGUGACCCCCGUAGCCUCAGUCCAGCGUUGGAACAGGAGGGCUGGCUGAGGGGUCUGGUCAACAAGAGCCUCCUCACAUCCCAAAAUAAGAGUCUGUGCUAAUGGGAAGUUGUCCCUUCCUAGUCACUGUUUUCUAGCAUGUAAGCUAGUAAUCUAUGGUGAGAGAGAGGAGCGGAGUCCUGCAUUAUUCAUCAUGUGAGCAAGAGUAUCCAGCUAGAUUGGGUAUGGAGAGCCAGUUGCUGACACAGCAGAUAUGCUCUUUCAGAAAUUGUCAAACAGGAGUGGUGUGUGUUCACCCUGCAGUAGCAGCCUCAG